AUGGGUCAUGGGGGAACAACAAAUUCACCAAGUGACGCUCACAGCAAGGAGGUUGUGUCGUUCGAAGACACUGAAUACAUGAUCCUCUACCCCGACAAUCUCGUUCUGACAGGACCUGAUCGCAAUAAGUUGCAAACGAAUUCGUGUAGCCCGGGCCCCGAUUUACUACCGGCCCACAGGGUCGAUGCCUGA